AUUGACUCACCAGUCAGCAGUCACCACUCACUAGUUAAAGUAAAGUCGCACAUUGUGGCAAAAUAAAAAUGGAAUCACAAGGACAACAUCAUGAAGGAAAAGGAAAACGAAACUUCAAUAAAAAGAAGUGGCGUGAAACUCAAUACAGUCAUAAAGAAAGAGUGUCGGAAUGGGAGAGCAAAAGAAAAGAAGCCGUGAAAAGGAAAUACAGAAAGAUGCUGAAGAAAGAUGAAUCCACUUCUACAGUUCAAGCCACAUAUCAAUUGUACAAUGCAGAGGAAGGAAAUGUUAAUGGUUAUUCAGAACCACCUCGUCAAAGGUUGUCAGAGUUUCAAAGGGCCAAACUUGAAUAUGAGCGCAUUCAAGGUCUGAAAGAAGAAGCAAGACGGGAGAGAGAACAGAAAAUUAAGGAAAGAGAGAUUGCCAUCAUUAAGAGCAAGCAGAUGAGAUUAGAACGAAUCAAGAAGCUGACACAGAAAACCAAGAAAGGACAGCCAGUAAUGAAGGGUAGAAUAGAAAUUCUUCUUCAGAAGAUUCAAAAACAGGUUGCCAAUGACAGUUGAUCCCCUUAAAUCUUGAACCCAACUUUGCCUACGAAAUAUCAUUACACAGUUUCUUUCAAA